UCACUCUAGUCUCUUCCCCUCUGCGCCGCGUCUCUUCUCCUCCUCCUUCGUCGUCUUCUUCCUCCCGCCACGCCACUCCCUUCAAUUUCACCGCCUCGACGAAACCCUAGCCAUGAGGCAAACCCUCCUCCUCCGAUCCAUCGCCUCCUCCAUCCGCAGAGGACGAGCUCCGCGCGAACCCUCUCCUCCCCUCUGCCGCUCCUUCGCCGCCGCUGCCGACCAGCCCGAUCGCAAGGUCGCCAUCCUCGGCGCCGCCGGAGGCAUCGGCCAGCCCCUCUCCCUCCUCAUGAAGCUCAACUCACUCGUCUCCUCCCUCUCCCUCUACGAUAUCGCCGGAACCCCCGGCGUCGCCGCCGACGUUAGCCACAUCAACACCCGCGCCGAGGUGGCCGGGUAUGCGGGCGAGGACCAGCUCGGGAAGGCUCUGGAAGGUUCCGAUAUCGUCAUCAUCCCCGCCGGCGUGCCUCGGAAGCCCGGGAUGACUCGCGACGACCUCUUCAACAUCAACGCCGGCAUCGUGAAGUCCCUCUGCACCGCCAUCGCCAAGUAUUGCCCCAAUGCGCUUGUUAAUAUGAUCAGCAACCCGGUGAACUCAACUGUCCCAAUCGCGGCGGAGGUGUUCAAGAAGGCCGGGACGUACGAUGAAAGGAAGCUGUUUGGAGUGACCACACUUGAUGUGGUCAGGGCUAAGACUUUCUAUGCACAGAAGGCUAAACUUCCUGUUGAGGAGGUUGAUGUUCCUGUCGUCGGUGGGCAUGCUGGUAUAACAAUUCUGCCUCUCUUCUCCCAGGCAACUCCAGCAAGUAAUGAUCUAACAGAUGAGGAUAUUAAGGCGCUCACUAAGAGGACACAAGAUGGAGGAACAGAGGUGGUGGAAGCAAAGGCUGGAAAAGGCUCUGCCACCUUAUCUAUGGCCUAUGCUGGUGCAAUCUUUGCUGAUGCAUGCCUAAAGGGUCUUAAUGGGGUUCCAGAUAUUGUUGAAUGCUCCUUCGUGCAAUCAAGCAUCACCGAGCUACCUUUCUUUGCCUCCAAGGUAAGGCUAGGAAAGAAUGGUGUGGAGGAAGUACUUGGACUAGGAAGCCUCUCUGAUUAUGAAAAGCAAGGAUUAGAGAAUCUCAAACCUGAGCUCAAAUCUUCUAUUGAGAAGGGGAUCAAAUUCGCGCGAGAAAAUUAACAAAAUUGGAGAAAGAGCGUUUUGGUUUUCCAUUGUGUCAUGUGCUCAAGAGAGGGUUACUCUCAUUGCAUAUUUUGGAAAAAGCUGUUUAUUUACAGAAACCUACACCCUGAGAUUAUGUUUACAUCAAUAAGUUUGCAAAAUUGUACUACUAAGUUAUUUGGAAUCUGGGAGUUGUUAAAAAUUUUCUUGCCUAAAUUUGAUUAAACAUUUUUAGAUUGAUGGAUUA